CUCAAAUCCUCUUGACAACACAACGAUACUGGUGCUCUCUGUUUUACAGUUCUAUGAUUCUCUAUUUCUCUCUUUGAAAUACCAAGAACAAAAUCGACAAUCUAAACGGGUCCUCUGAUUUAUAUCUUUUAUAUUUUAGCAUUAUCUAUUUCACUCAGAAGCUAAACUUAACACUAAAUUGAUACAAAAUGUUGCCUGCAACUUUCAAACUGUGCGCUGGCAUCUCCUACAGACAUAUGAGGAACAUGACAGGUUAGUGAGAGAGAGUUUGUGAAUGAUUCUCUAGUGUUUCAUAGCCCUGUGGCCCUGUGGCCAUGGUGUGUUCUGAAACUCUAAUUUUCAGUUGUAAAUCGUUAGCUCACAAAAACUGUAUGUAAUGGUUUGGUAUAACAAUAAUAUACAAAUUGUUUUGAUGGUACUAAAGAUGUUUUAAUUGUACUGACUUUUGUACUAAUAAUUUAAUGUAUUGUAGAUUCCUCUACUGCUUUUUACAAACUGUUCUUAUCUACUUUUUCUCCCAUUCUUCUUGUCCCAGGUUUGAGGAAGAAUGCGAUGGUGGCCAUUCACCAUGAGUUGAACAUGCUAGCAGGCCCCAACCCUAGCAGCUGGAUCAGCCAUGUCCGCCGCAGGAGCUCACUGCUCAGUAAGUCCACACCCUCCACUCAGAACACACUUCUUACUUGUUUUUCUUUCUUUCAUUCACAAAUACCCAAAAGGAAAGUCCUUUCUUCUAACUCUACUGAUAAUGUUGUUUUCUAUCUGUGCUGUGCUCCAGGCUCGCGGAUCGAGGAGGAGCAGGGCUACAAUGAGGCGGAGGUGUCAUAUGUGAAGCAGGGAGAGGAGGCGCUGCAGAAGUCUAUCAUCAUCCUCGGCGAUCAGGAUGGAUGGACCACUGAGAUCACUGCUGUGAGUAUAGAGAUGGAGUACCAAAGACAGGAGGGCUGGCACACUGAAAUUCCCUUCAUCACCUAUUCAAUGUAGUAAUUACAGACCUUUAUCUGUUUGAAUUGCAAUAUAACGGUUGUUGUUUAAGGUUGUUGUUUAUUCUUGCAGAACUAUGAGUUUUAAUUAUCUGGACCUAUGAUCUCAGGCGAAUGGCGACAAGGUGCUGAGUAAGGUGUUACCUGACGUGGGGAAGGUGUUUAAGCUGGAGGUGCUGUUGGACCAGCGCUCUGAUAACCUCUUUGUGGAGCUGGUGGGCAACAUGGAGCAAAUGGGAGACUGGAACCCUAACGUCAAAGAGGUCAAGGUGGGACAAUCAACGUUUUCCAAUCAACUUUAUAAACAAGGCACGCACUACACUGUAAGUCGCUUUGGAUAAAAGGGUCUGCUAAAUGGCAUGUAGAACGCAACAACAAUACAAAACAUUAAGAGGAAUUGGCUCAUGUGUACACAGAUUGCAUAGAUUGACUAGAAGUCGCAUACUGUGGGUUGUUUUGUUCCCAUGUGCAUUCUCACAUUGAAGAAUAUACAGAGGUUUCUGACUCUCUCCUCUCCUUUUCUCUCUAUCUUUCCCUCUCUCUCUUCCUCCCUUUUUCUUCCUCUCCUCCCCCCUUUAGAUCCUUCAGAAGAUAGGUCAGGAGACCAUGGUGACCCACGAGGUGUCGGGACCCACGCCUGGUAACGUGGUGGGGCCGCGGGACUUCGUUAGUGUUCGCUGUGCCAAGCGCCGGGGGUCCACGUGCUUCCUGGCUGGCAUGUCCACUCAGCACCCCACCAUGCCCGAACAGAGGGGAGUUGUUAGGUGGGCUAGUUUAUACUCAAGGGAUGGAUGGAAAGAUGGAUGGAUGGAGAUUAUAAAUCACUAACAAUACAUAAUAUAAAAAAUAACAUUUUGAAUAUUGUGUUGGACUCCAACAUAUGCUAACAUGAAUGUUCUACACCGUAUUGUUGACUUUUUCAGGGCGGAGAACGGACCAACAUGUAUAGUAAUGCGGCCCAGUGCUGAUGACCCCAACAAGACCAAGUUCACCUGGUUGUUAAGCAUAGAUUUAAAGGUAAGGAGGCCAUUAACCUGCCGUUUAUCACUAGGGUCAGACAGAUACAACUGUUGCUAUCUGGUUUCAUCAUUUUACAUUUUAGUAAUUUAGCAGAUGCUCUUAUCCAGAGCGACUUACAGUUAGUGCAUUAAUCUUAAGAUAGCUAGGUGGGACAACCACAUAUCACAGGCAUAGAAAGUCUGUUUUUCCUCAAUAAAGUAGCUAUCAGUAGAGUGUGAGUGCUGGGGGUGGGGGUCGAGGUGAGGAGGAGGAUUAUUUAAGAUACUGUUUGAAGAGGUAGGGUUUCAGAUGUUUUCAGAAGAUGGGCAGGGACUCUGCUGUCCUAGCUUCAGGGGGGAAGCUGGUUCCACCAUUGGGGUGCCAGGACAGAGAAGAGCUUGGACUGGGCUGAGCGGGAGCUGCCCUCCCGUAGGGGUGGGAGGGCCAAGAGACCUGAGGUGGCAGAACAUAGUCCUCUGGUUGGGGUGUAGGGUUUGAGCAUAGCCUGAAGGUAGGGAGGGGCAAUUCCUUUUGCUGUUCCGUAGGUAAGCACCAUGGUCUUGUAGUGGAAGCGAGCUUCGACUGGAAGCUAGUAGAGUGUGCGGAGGAGCGGAGUGACAUGAGAGAACUUGGGAAGGUUGAACACCAGGUGGGCUGCAGUGUUCUGGAUAAGUUGCAGGGGUUUGAUGGCACAAGUGGGGAGCCCAGCCAACAGCGAGUUGCAGUAGUCCAGAAGGGAGAAGACAAGUGCCUGGAUUAGGACCUGCGCCACUUCCUGUGUGAGAUAGGGUUGUACUCUACGGUUGUUGUAGAGCGUGUACCUGCAGGAGCGGGUCACUGCUUUGAUGUUUGCAGAGAACAACAGGGUAUUGUCCAGGGUCACGCCAAGGUUCUUUGCACUCUGGGAGGGCGACACUGUGGAGUGGUCAACCGUGAUAGAGGGGUUGUUGAGCGGGCAGGACUUCCCCGGGAGGAAGAGCAGUUCCGUCUUGUCGAGGUAGAGCUUGAGGUGGUGGGCUAACAUCCAAGUUGAGAUAUCUGCCAGGCACGCAGAGAUGCGUGUUGCCACCUGGGUUUCAGAAGGGGGGAAGGAGAAAGGUAGUUGAGUGUCAUCCGCAUAGCAAUGAUAGGAGAGACCAUGUGAGGAUAUGACGUAGCCUAGUGACUUGGUGUAUAGAGAGAAGAGGAGAGGGCCUAGAACCGAGCCCUGGGGGACACCAGUAGUGACCCAGACACAGAUCCUCUCCACGUCACCUGGUAGGAGCGGCCUGCCAGGUAGGAUGCAAUACGAAAAUGUGCAGAGUCUGAGAUGCCCAGCCCUGAGAGGGUGGAGAGGAGGAUCUGAUGGUUCACUGUGUUGAAUGCAACGGAUAGAUCUAGGAGGAUGAGAACAGAGGAGAGAGAGACAGCUUUGGCAGUGCAGAGAGCCUCCAUGACAUAGAGAAGUGCAGUCUCGGUUGAGUGACCCGUCUUGAAGCCUAACUGGUUAGUGUCAAGAAGAUCAGAAGAUCCUUUCUGGAACUAAUGGUCCCAUAGAUAUUGUUUGGCCUUUAAUCAUAGUGAGGGAUUUCUGUUCAAUGUGACACACCUGUGUUGUUGUAAUCAGAUGCUAUUGAUCACUGCCUAAGGUUAUGGUUGAUGAUGGUUGUAUUGAGGACACUUAAUUGUUGUUUCUCAUCAUGUUCUCUCUUCCUGUUUUACCCUGUCUCGCUCCCUCACAGGGUUGGAUCCCAAAGACCAUCAUAAACAAAGUGCUCUCUCAGACGCAGGUGGACUUUGCCAACCACCUGAGGCAGAGGAUGGCUGACAACAGUGUUUCCAUGGAGAUGGCACCAGCCUGCUGAUACCAUGCCCUUUGACCUUUCGAUUAGUGAGUACACCAAUGACAGGCCACCAAAUGGACAGCUCCGCCCAGUCAUCGUUGCCACUUCCUCCACCAAAGGCACUCCAAGAGAAUCAGGACAAAUGGGCCAAAUUCUAACUACUCUUUUGAGUUAUUAGGGCAGAAUUUCAGUACAAUUGAGUGAAACCUUGGAUGCAACUCUGGAUGCAUUAAUAGUCUAAAGUGGCUUACUCUCCUCAUGUCCUUUCCUUCUCUCAUAUACACCUAAUCUGUUCACACACCAGUCCAGAUGAAGUGGAGAGACUAGGGCUGCGUUUACACAGGCAGCCCA